CAACUCAAUGACUCACCAGUCACCACCAAAUUGCAAUAUAUACACAACAGAUAUCUCUGAAAUCCUCUCACAAACAAAAAACAAAAAUCUUCAAUGACCACCUAUCUCUAAUAUGUGGAACCACCUCCCCUUUGAUCUUCUUGCCAGGAUCUUCUCCUUCCUCUCGCCGGACUCCUUGGCGCGUGCUACAACAGCCUGCAAGCACUGGCAGACGUGUGCCAAGGCUUGCACUUCCUACACAGUCCCAGCAGAGCUCCGGCCGUGCCAACCUCCGUGGUUCCUCGCCGUUCAUUCGCGCAACCGGGGGCUCUCCUGCUACGUUCACAACCCAGCUCUUGAUCGGUGGCACUCUCUCCCUCUCGACUUCCUCCCGGACCCAAUUCGCCCAAUUGCUCCGAUUGGCAUUCUCCUUCUCUACAGACCCGCCAUCUCAUCUCCCCUCCAAUUGGCGCUGUGCAACCUGUUCACCAGACGUUACAGACUUCUUCCCGCCUUAAACAUCCCACGCACCAGCCCGGCUGUGAGCGUGAUUGGGGUGGAUAAGACUGGAGAUGAUGCCCUCUCCUCCUUCAGAGUUUACGUCGCCGGAGGCAUGUCGACGGCAACCCGUGGGGGUACCACAUAUGAACCCACGAUGGAAAUGUAUGAUUCACGAGCUGAUGAAUGGCAGAGUCUUGGACGGAUGCCGAUUGAAUUUGCGGUGAGGCUGACAGUUUGGACCCCGAAUGAGAGUGUGUACUCUGAUGGGUUUCUGUAUUGGAUGACAUCUGCCCGUGCCUACAGCGUGAUGGGCUUCGAGGUGAGCACUGGUUUGUGGAAGGAGGUGAAGGUGCCGAAGGCAGAUCGACUGGAGUUCGCAGCUCUGGUGAGGCGAAAGGGAAGGCUGGCGCUUGUUGGGGGAGACUGUGAGGGACAAGCUUGCAUAUGGGAGCUUGGAGCUGGAGAUGAAUGGGUAUUGGUGGAAAUGGUGCCAACGGAAUUGGGAAGGAGGUUUCUUGGGGGCAAAGGAAACUGGUUUAGCACCAAGUGUGUGGGGAUUGAUGAGGCUGUAUACUUGUACAGGGAUCUUGAGUCUGAAUUGUUGGUUUGGAGAGAAGUACCAGAAAAGGGUAGAUGGGAAUGGGUUUGGAUUGAAGGUUGUAGUUGCAUUAAGGGAGAACAAGUUCCAAAAUUCCGAGUUAAAGGAAUGCUUCUCCAACCCAGUCUAACUCCCUCUUACACUCUUUGAUCUGUCAGAGUCGGAGAGAUUUGUUCAUUGGUGUCGUUCACUCUGUAUGUCCUGUGAUUGUAUCUGUAAUUCUGUAUUUUUUUCAGCUGUUGAAACUGAAAUAGUCGCUCUGCAGCUGUUGGUGUUAGAUGUACUUCUAGCGUCCCAUAAGCACCGUUACACCACA